AUGGCGUGCACCAAAAACACUGCAAAGAAGUGCACUGGUGGCUCAGCGCCACACGUACACCUCAACAUACUCAAGACCGCCGCCAAGAGCCUUUCUAGAGAGCUGGCUGGGGGCCAAAGUUUGGAGAUGUCCAAACUGGUUCAUCACAAUGAGUUCUGUAUCUUCUGCUGGGAUGGCUCUGCAUCAUUUAAAGAGAAUACACUCUUUAUGUGCAACCACUGCCCCAGAGUGAUGUGCUGCCUGUGCAUGCGCCUCCCUCCAGGCACCGAAGACACGAUCCUCAAUGAGGAUGUGUCUUUUAAGUGCAUAUGUUGUCACAUCGCCCUGGAACAGCAGGGCGCACUGUACUAUGGCUUCUAUCACGCUAAUGGUGUCCCGGUCCUCAAGUCUUUUCUACAGGUCCACGCUUCCCUCGAGCUCUCAUCGUGUGCUGAACUUUCAGCGGCACCGGUGAUAUUCAUUCACCUCAUCCUUGUCGACUUCAACACUACGGCCAGCCCUUUCUCCUUGGCUCAUUCAUUCCUUCAGCCCUACUUCACCAGUGGCGGCAUUGAAUAUUGCGAGAUCGCCUACAACAUUGUCUCUGAUGCGUCCAGUUACCGCAAAACCGUCCGUCAAAUCAUCAAGGACCUCAAAAACUUGUUCGCAUGGGAACAUGUGGUGGUUGGUGAUCCUUUUGCCGGGUACAGUUUGGAUGGCGAGAAGCACUAUGCUGGCACCCCAACUGAAGAUUUCUUGGAGGGUAUCCUUAGUCCAUGGCAAUCUCUCCUAGACCAUGCCAAUGAAACCUACCUGUGGCUCUUGUGCUGCGGCGCAAUUGUCAACAACAGUGACUUGUUUGCAGGAUUGCAACGCGCAGUAGUUCAUCACAAGCUCUCUGCCACAGUCACAUUCAACACCGCACGUUUUCAACCAUCUUUUGCGUCCCAUUUGCUCCUGGAAUUCACUGAACAAGUCCUUGUGGAACGUUGCCCCAUUGGCCUCGCAUUUGGUGACAUGCUGGCGCAAGCUUACAAACUCGGUCGCCACACUGACGUCUUCUUACUGACACCACUUGUGGGUAGUCUGAAGGUCUCCAAGUUUGUAUGGGUUGAUGUCAAGUUCUGGCCUUGGGGUGGCUUCCUGCCAAUCCAAUGCCCAAGCUGUGGGUGGACUGAUUGUUGGAGGUCAGUCUUUGUGAGGGCUUGCAAGGAUAAGGUCUAUGUCUUUGAGUGCAAGAAUGACACCUGCACCCAGUCUUUCACCUUCAGCCCUCCUGUGUUACAAGUAACAUCGGCUACUUGGCCCCUUAUCAUUUUUCCCUUCAUCAUUGUCCUCGCCUUCCUCUGGCUCAUACUCCUUCACCGACUAUCUGUUGAUCAGAUCCUCGGGACUGUCCCCGUCCCUCGUCUCCCUCCUAUCGCACCAACAUGUGCACGUGCCUUUGGGCUAUGA